CUUAAAACCACACUUAAAACCGGCUUAAAAUUGCACUUAAUUCAUAAAUAUUCAUUGCGCUAAUUGCACAAAAAAAUACUAAAAUCCACAAGAAGCUGUUUUUAAAACAUGAAAUAAAUAAAAUCCUGAAAUUGAAAUAAUGAUUCUAAAUCUAGUUUUAAAAUACCCAGUAAUUAGCCAACGGGAAUUAACUAAUAUAAAAUAAUGAAUAGUAUAAAAGCUAAACAAAUUUCAAAAAACAGUACAGUUUAAUAAGCUUUUAUUAACAAACAAAACAAAAAUGUUCAAAUUCUUCCUUAUUGCCACCUUGAUUGCCUACGCUGCUGCCGUUGGUGACGAUGAUGUUCACGCUGAGGCUACUCUCUUGAAAUCCGAUGUCAGACCCGAUGGUUUCGAUAUUGCUUUGGAAACCACCAACCACAUUCAUCAAGUUGCCUCCGGUGACGAACAUGGCAACAUUCAUGGUGACUUCGAAUGGGUUUCUCCCGAAGGUGAACAUGUUGCUGUCAAAUAUGUUGCCGAUGAAAACGGUUACCAACCCAGCAGUGAUUUGUUGCCUACUCCCCAUCCCAUCCCUGAGGCUAUCUUGAAGGCUAUUGAAUACAUCAAGGCCCAUCCCUCUAAGGAAGAACCCCAUCAUUAGGUGGUUUAUUCAUGAGAACAAAUUAAAACACUAAAAAGUUUUUAAACUGAAAAUAAAUUGCAAUUGAAACGAAAUCAUUAAA